GAAACCCUAGUGACCAUUUCCUACUGCGAUCAGCUGCACCACAUCGGCGGAGCAACGCACGCAUCGGCGGCAGCAGAGGAGAACAACCAUGGUGCACGUCUCGUUUUAUCGCAACUUGUUGUUAAACACGACCCUGUUACAGAUGGGAAGACAUUCAAGAAGCCUAGACGUCCAUAUGAGAAGGAAAGGCUCGAUGCUGAGCUCAAGCUUGUUGGAGAAUAUGGUCUGAGGUGCAAGAGGGAGCUUUGGAGGGUUCAAUAUGCUCUGAGCCGUAUUAGGAACAAUGCUAGGAAUCUUCUGACUCUCGAUGAGAAGGAUCCUCGCCGUAUUUUCGAGGGUGAGGCACUCUUGAGGAGGAUGAAUAGAUAUGGCCUGCUGGACGAGAGCCAGAACAAGCUCGAUUAUGUCCUUGCUCUCACUGUGGAGAACUUCCUCGAGCGCCGUCUCCAGACGCUCGUGUUCAAGGCCGGCAUGGCCAAGUCCAUUCACCAUGCUAGAGUUCUCAUCAGGCAAAGGCAUAUCAGGGUGGGGAGGCAGGUAGUGAACGUGCCUUCAUUCAUGGUGAGAGUUGACUCACAGAAGCACAUUGACUUCUCUCUCACGAGUCCCUUUGGUGGUGGUCGUGCUGGAAGAGUGAAGAGAAAGAACCUAAAGGCGGCAGCAAAGAAAGCCUCUGGUGGUGAUGGAGAUGAGGAAGACGAAGAGUGAGCUCUCAAGUCAGAGCUUUUUUUAUUUAGUUACUUUUGCUACUGUACUCGUUUAAGAAGAAAAACAGUGUUUUGAGUUUCUGUUUCUUGCAGUUAUGUUUAUGUUGUGACAUUGUUUUAUUUAAGACUUGGUGGUUUGGCCUUUUUUGGCUUGUUCUUUUUUCGACUGUCGGUUUUGAGUUUUGACAUUAAUAUCAAAAUUGGAUAUUUUUAUUCUUAUCA